GGAAGCGGCGAGUCUCCAUGGCGGCGGCGGCCGGGCCGGUGUUCUGGAGGCGGCUGCUGGGCCUGCUGCCUGGCCGGCCCGGGCUGGCCGCGCUCCUGGGGCGCCUGUCCGACCGCCUCGGCAGGAACCGGGACCGCCGGCGCAGGAGGUCACCAUGGCUGCUGUUGGCUCCUUUGCUGUCGCCAGCUGUCCCCCCAGUCACCUCCCCGCCCUGUUGCCUGUGUCCGGAGGGUGUGCACAGGUUCCAGUGGAUCAGAAACCUGGUCCCAGAGUUCGGAAUCUGCAGUUCUCAUGUCAGGGUGCUUUCUUCCCCCACAGAGUUCUUUGAGCUCAUGAAGGGGCAGAUAAAAGGAGCCAAGAGGCGGAUCGUGAUGGCGUCUCUCUACCUGGGGACGGGUCCUCUGGAACAGGAACUGGUGGAUUGUCUCGAAAGCGCUCUAGAAAAGUCACUCCAAGCGAAGUUUCCUUCAGACCUCAAAGUGUCCAUUCUCUUGGACUUCUUGCGCGGCUCGAGAGGCAGGAAGAACUCGCGCACCAUGCUGCUCCCGCUGCUGCAGAGGUUCCCGGAGCAGGUCCGCGUCUCCCUCUUCCACACCCCGAACCUCCGGGGGCUGCUGCGGCUCCUGCUCCCAGAGCGCUUCAACGAGACCAUCGGCCUCCAGCACAUCAAGGUGUACCUCUUCGACGACAGCGUCAUCCUGAGCGGCGCCAACCUGAGCGACUCCUACUUCACCAACCGCCAGGACCGCUACGUGUUCUUGCAGGACUGUCCAGACAUUGCGGACUUCUUCACGGAGCUGGUGGACGCCGUGGGGGACGUGUCCCUGCAGCUGCAGGGAGAUGACACGGUGCAGGUGGUGGAGGGCAUGGUGCAUCCCUACGAAGGUGACCGAGCUGCAUACUGCAGGGCAGCCAACGCGAGGGUCAUGGACGUGAUCAACUCGGCCCGGACCCGCCAGCAGGUGCUGCACGCCCAGACCUUCCACGGCGACUCCCUUGUGACCCAGGACGAUGCGGCAGCCGCUGGUCACCGGAGGCCGGUGCCCGACACCUGGAUCUACCCGCUGAUCCAGAUGAAGCCCUUUGAGAUCCAGAUCGACGAGAUUGUCACUGAGACCCUGCUGACCGAGGCCGAGCGCGGCGCCAGGGUUUACCUCACCACCGGCUACUUCAACCUGACCCAGGCCUACAUGGACCUGGUCUUGGGCACGCGGGCCGAGUACCAGAUCCUGUUGGCCUCUCCAGAGGUGAACGGUUUCUUCGGGGCCAAGGGGGUGGCGGGCGCCAUCCCGGCGGCCUACGUGCACAUCGAGCGGCAGUUCUACAGAGAGGUGUGCAGCCUGGGGCAGCAGGAGCGCGUCCAGCUGCAGGAGUACUGGCGGAGGGGCUGGACCUUCCAUGCCAAAGGCCUCUGGCUGUACCUGGCGGGGAGCAGCCUGCCCUGUCUCACGCUGAUUGGCUCUCCUAAUUUUGGGUACAGGUCAGUCCACCGGGACCUGGAGGCCCAGAUCGCCAUUGUGACAGAGAGCCAGGCCCUGCAGCAGCAACUUCACCAGGAGCAGGGGCGGCUCUACCUGAGGUCAGGUGUGGUGUCCUCCGCCACCUUCGAGCAGCCGAGUCGGCACGUGCAGCUGUGGGUGAAGAUGGUGACGCCCCUGAUUAAGAACUUCUUCUGAGGACGACAGGGAUGGCCUUGAUGAAGAUGACGGGCAUGGCUGGCGUCAGCUCCUUCAGCCGCGCUUCAGCGAUGACUCCGGUCUGGGUGUCCCAGCGAGCUCCUGUGGGGACAGCGCCACAGUGAGGGAGGGAGGCCGGAAGGAGAGGCCUGGCCCUGCGUCCGCCACCCCGCCUGGCUGCGCCCCCGGUGCACGGCCCAGACGGACUGUGGACGGGAUGCCAUCGGGGCUGUGUGAUGGCCCGUGCCCCUCGGUCACCGGGCACAGCUCGGCUCUGCGCGGCCCGCUGUUCAGGGGCGGUGUCCCAGAACUCGCCUGCUGCCCGUCUCCACACACCCAUCGCUCCAGCCAAGGGACCGGUGCCCUGGCCCCCGCGCCGGCUGUCCCGUGUGCACACGCAGUGUGAUCGUACACACACGGGCUGUCCCUGAACGGCUGCUGUUACUUCUGCCCUAGUUAGUGACGUUUCUGUUUCCUGUCUGUAAUUCCAAAAUAAACAUGGAGGUGACCUGCUGUGCUGGUGUGUGCUGAUGUGGGAGUGGGCCCCUCACAGGAGGGCGAUGCCCUCGCUGAGUAGGACAGGUGGAAGUGGCCGGGAGUGGGCUCAGCUCAGAGUGGGGCUGAGGCGAUGGCUGGCCCGACGGUCCUGUGCGGC